GGUUUACAUAUUAAAUUCAACAUUAGUCUGUAUUGAUAACGAUACUGAUGCCCUGUCUCUCCGGCAUCUGUCGCUUAAAUAUACCAAGAUGGCUGCACAAGAAAAGACUCGCGUGUGUUUGAUAGCUGUGGAUGGAAGUAAACAUUCAAAUUACGCUCUCGACUGGUUCAUAAAGCAUGUCCAUAAAGAGAACGAUCGGACCAUCCUGAUAACGUGUGUCGACCAUUCCACAGCGUUCGCCUACGGCAAUGUUUCCAUGGUUCCGGGAAAUCCCGAUGCCAUUACAAUGGCCUAUAAAAAAGAGGAACAAAAAGCGAAAGAUUUGCUUCACAAGCUGGAGGAAGUAGUUGUAAAACACGGUGUGGUAGCAGAAACCCUCAAGGUUGUUGGCGAUGCGGGGGAGGCUAUAGUUCGGAGGGCAGCGGAAUACGAGGCGGAUCUGAUUGUGACCGGAUGUCGCGGUCUGGGACAGAUCCGGCGGACGAUGAUGGGAAGUGUCAGUGAUUACAUAAUCCAUCACUCUCAUACACCUGUACUUGUCUGUCGUCACGAUUGAUGACGUCAUCAUCAGUAUUAAUUA